AUUACGAUGACGAUGACAAUUACGAUGACGAUGAUGAUGACGUUGCUGAUGACGUUGACGACGACGAUGACGGUGACGAUGACGAUGAUGGCUUUGAUGUCGAUGAUUAUGAUGAAGACAAUGAAGAUGAUGAUAAUGAUGAUGGCUUUGAUGACGAUGACGAUGAGAAUGAGGAUGACGAUGACGAUGUGAAUGAUGAUGAUGAUGAUGACGUUGACCACGAUGAUGAUGACGUUGACCACGAUCAUGAUGAUGAUGAAUGA